CCACCACUUCCAGUACUAGUUGAAACUGCUAAGUCUUCAAAAGAAAUUCAUCCAGCACCGGAGUCUGUCGCUCCAUUCAGGGUCGCUGGUCUUCCUAACAGUGUCCAGCAGGCAAAAGUACUUCAACCAAUAAACGAAGAGGAUGUCGACGAAAAAGACAAGGUGUGGGUCUCAAUAAUGCAGCAGGCUGUGGCGAGAUGUGGCUUACAGCAGGACACUUUUCUCGCGAAUGUCCGCGCGGUUGUUGAAGUACUAGUUGAAACUGCUAAGUCUUCAAAAGAAAUUCAUCCAGCACCGGAGUCUGUCGCUCCAUUCAGGGUCGCUGGUCUUCCUAACAGUGUCCAGCAGGCAAAAGUACUUCAACCAAUAAACGAAGAGGAUGUCGACGAAAAAGACAAGGUGUGGGUCUCAAUAAUGCAGCAGGCUGUGGCGAGAUGUGGCUUACAGCAGGACACUUUUCUCGCGAAUGUCCGCGCGGUUGUUGAAGGUAAUUUUACACCUCUGUCAACUACCCAGUGA